AUGGCCUUCACUCCAGCUCGCGCCUUACUCUUAGCUUUCCUCGCGGCGAUGCUCGCAGUCGCACACAGUCACGAGCACGUCGACACCUUCUCGGCGAAGCUGUUAGGAGCGAACGAGGUUCCCAAGAACGACUCCCACGCUGCGAAGAACGCUGUCGGCGACCAACGCGGCGUCGCCUACAUGAAGUUGAACAUCUACAUGGACGACGACAGACCCAAGUGGGUGAAAUACACGGUGAAAACAAGCCGGCUGAAAGGCGAGAUGCCGCCGACCAAGACGCACGUGCACAAGGGGGAGAAGGGGAAGAACGACGCCGUUCUUCUUGACCUGCCGUGCCAGUACGAGAAGAAGGCCAGCGAGCAGUGGCGAUGCGAGGGAUCUCUCGGGAAGAACAAGGAAGAUCGGUCAGAUACGCUGCUGUCGGCUCUUAAGGAGAUUGUGAAGAACCCCAGUGCGCAUUACGGCAAUGUUCACACCAAGAGGUACCCUGAUGGCGCCGUGCGUGGUCAGUUCUCAAAGGAGUAG